ACCAAACUAACACACUUCACUCACUCAAAGCCUCUCAAACUACAAUCUAAUCUUGUCCUUUUGCCACAUUAAGAUUAUCAAAAGAGAGACACACACAGAAAGAUAGUCAUGGCUAGCAGCAGCAUGGCAUCAGCAGCUACUGGAUUUUUGUUGUCACUUAAUGUUGCUGCCAACAGCACAACCUCUUCAGCUUCUUCAAGGAGUACCAUGUUGAUGUUCCCUUUAAAGUCCAACAAUAUUGGUUCUUCUUCUUCUAGACUUGUUGUCAGGGCAACCGAUGAGGCUGCCCCGGCUGCACCUGCUGCCCCCGCUGCUCCAGCUGCUGAUGCAGCUCCUACUCCUAAACCCAAGCCACCACCAAUUGGCCCCAAGAGAGGUUCUAAGGUGAAGAUUCUUAGGAAGGAAUCCUACUGGUACAAAGGCACUGGAUCAGUUGUUGCUGUUGAUCAAGACCCCAAGACUCGCUACCCUGUCGUGGUUCGAUUCCAGAAAGUGAACUACGCCAAUGUAUCGACAAAUAACUAUGCUUUGGAUGAGAUUGAAGAAGUUGUUUAAUGAGACAAAUUUAAUUGUAAUUUCAACUCUUGUUAUGAUAUUGAAGUUACUAGCCUAAGGUUUUUUCAUGUCAAAAAUAUUUGUAUCAUAUUCUGUCUGAUAUCUAUCUUCUUCUUGAUCUCUAGAAACUACAUUCAUUGUGCAGUUGCCCAUAAUCUUAAAGUUUACUUGCUUCUUAUUGAAUUCAAA